GGAUAGAGUCAUUUGUAUGGUUGUUUAGAGCAUUUCUUAGAUCUAUGGGUGGCAAAUGUCCACAAACCAUUAUGACUGAUCAAUGCGCAGCCAUGGCUGUUGCCAUCUCUCAAGUGUUUACAACAUCACGGCAUCGUCUUUGCAUAUGGCAUAUCGGUGAGAACUCGAAGAAGCACAUCAAGACACUUAGGAACAAUAAGAAUUUCAUGGAUCUAUUUAAUUGUUUGUUGAAGUACACAGACACCGAAGCUGAAUUUGAGUUGUAUUGGUCAAGGAUGGUGAUUGACUAUAAGUGUCAUAAGAAUCCGUGGUUAGAAAAAUUGUACGAUUGUAGGGAAAAAUGGUGCCCGACAUUUAACAAGGAUUACUUUUCUGGUGGCAUUUUAUCCUCACAAAGGAGUGCUGCUUGUCAUCAAGAUAGUGUUUUCGAUGAUGGCUGUCAUUUGAAGUAUCAUGUUUGGCGUCCUGAUAAAGACAUUAUAAGGCAUGAAGAAUUUUGUGCUGCCAUUGUUUACGCAUUAUGA